AAACAUUUAGAUCUUGUCACAAUAGACAUAACCUCUAUGUUUUUGAAAUAUACAAUUUAGCAUCCUUUUUACUAUUUAAUUUUACAUGCACAGUUUACAUGCAUGUUUAGUCGGGAACGAGACAGCACGCUCAUUUUUGAGAAAAUUUCGUAUUAAAAUUUAACCAUGGAGAACACUAAAGAUAAUCAGCCAGGAGCGGAAGACCAAAGUCUCGAUGAAACUGAGCCAUCUUCAGCUGUUCAGGAAUCCUACUCAACCACUGAAAGUCCAACACAUACUAUCGAUGAAAAAGCCCUACGGAUAAUGCAAAAAAUGGGUUAUAAAGUGGGACUUGGAUUGGGUAGAGUUGAACAAGGCCCGGCGAGUUUCCAAGCACCCGUUGCGGUACCCCCCAACGCAAGGAAAAUCGGUUUAGGCCAUAGUGUCCCAUCUACUAAUUUAACAAACGAGACAUGGGAUUUUUCGCAAGAGCAAAUUAUAGUCGAAGAGAAAGUCGAUUGGUUAAACAAUACGAAUAGCACCGACAUAACUCCAAGUGACUUAGAAAAUUGGCUGAAAGAGGGACCUUCUAGCACUGAAGUUAUCAAGAAUUCACCUUUUUGUGAUAAGACAGUCAUUGAAAAUGUUUUUAAUGCCAAAAACAUCUUUGAUGAACUUGAUGCGGAAGACCUGAACAAAGCAAGAACGAGAGCGAACCCUUUUGAAACUAUACGAGCAAUGUUUUUCAUGAACAGAGCUGCCUUAAAGAUGGUUAAUAUCGAUGCGGCAUGUGAUUUUAUGUUUACUACUAUGGAAGAAAACGAGAAUUUCAGCAAUAAAGAGGGCCCUAUUUACUUUGCGGACAUAUGUGCUGGUCCCGGAGGUUUCACUGAAUAUAUUUUAUGGCGGAAAAAGUGGUGGUAUAAAGGAUUCGGAAUGACCCUGAAAGAUGAGCAUGAUUUCAAAGUUGCUGACUCGUGCUGUGCUAGUAUUGCGAUGUUUCAACCCUUAUAUGGCGCGGAUGAACGAGGAGAUAUAUGCAACCCUGAUAAUCUGACCGAUUUUGCUGAUAGAGUGGCCAAUGAAAGCAAAGGGGGGCUACAUUUUAUGAUGUCUGAUGGAGGAUUUAGUGUGAAAGGCCAAGAAAGUCUACAAGAAGUGAUAUCCAAAACUAUUUACGUUUGCCAGUGCAUACUGGCACUGAAAACACUAAGACCACAUGGACAUUUUGUUACAAAAACUUUCGAUAUUUUCACGCCAUUUAGUGUUGGACUUCUCUAUUUAAUGUAUUUGUGUUUUGAAAGUGUUGGUAUUAUAAAACCGAAUUCGUCUCGUCCCGCCAAUUCUGAAAGAUAUUUUGUGUGCCGUAAUUUUAAAGCAGAUGUACGUACAACUGUUAUAAAGGAAUACAUGUGGAAAAUAGUGUUUAGAUUGUGGGAAUUGAAAACUUUGGAUAAAGAUAUUUUGGAGAUAGUUGAUGCGGAAGUUUUGAAGCAAGAUGCUGCAUUCUUUCAAUAUAUUUUCGACAGUAAUACAAGAAUUGGCAAUCAACAGAUUGUGGCUUUAAAGAAAUUGGCAGCUUUUUGCAGAAACCCUAAUUUGAUCGAAGCCAGGCAAGAUGAUUUACGUAGUCAGUCACUAGAAUAUUGGAAACUUCCAAAUCAAAAUAGGAAACGUAUAUUUUACAGAGUUCAGGAUCUGCUUACCGACUUGGGCCUGAAAAUUUCGCAAGUUGUCUUUCAACUUCGGUACGUCCACUCUUGGGAAGCAGCAAGGGCCAAAUUGGGAAACAUUAAUAACUGGCUCUGCGCAUAUAUAUAUAGUUCGGAUAGAAGCCAAACAGUAAAUUUCGUGGCAGGAGUGGGAUAUUCCAAUACGUUUCAUUUGCAAAAUAAUCAGAACUGGGUUAAAAUUCAGAGUCUCCACCUUGUGAAGGGAACACUGCUUCUAGCAGAUUUCGUAAAAGAGAAGAUAUUCGUGAAUAAUCAACAGGUUACUCGACAUAGUUUGCAUGUUAUAGAUGCCGUUUCUUUAGGAUCAAUGAAUCUUCUGGGACAUUCAUUUGAGGAAAGGUCCAAACUGAUACGUAUUUUUUGCAAAGCCGUUAACAAAGAAAGCCAGUCAAUAUAUUCAGUACGUGUGCGUCCAAAGCCGAUGCAAAAAUUGUCAAACUUUUUGUCCGACGAUAGCCUUAUUAGAAAUCCUAGCACUGGUAAUUGUUCAGUGAAUUUGCCAAUAAUUGGAUUUAAAUCCAAUUUAGAAAUGCACGACGUUAAUGCUCUGUUGCUUAUAAAUACCGAAACUGGCGCAUCUGACCAUUGGGUGAGAUCCGGAAUGAACGAAUUCCACAAAGUCAACAUGUUCAUGCCCUGUCAAUACUUGGAUCAAUUUAAGAAACACAUAGCACAGGAGUGGAGCAUGAUCUAGUCAAAUUCUAAACAAAAUGAUUUUAGCAAGUUGAUUGUGGUAAUCGCAAGAUUGAAGCACACGUAAAUUUCGCUCAUCAUAACGUUUCUGAUAGGAUCU